GGGAGAGGACAAGAACAUUGAGCUGCAGCGAUCACGGUAACUUCAAAAAAAAAAAGAAAUGGAUAACAGGUGUCGUUGUUCAGAUCACAGCAAUAGACAUUCGAAUGCUAUUCUUUACAGCAUCCUCAGCCAAAUGGAUAAAAGCGAACCAAAUGCAAUCAACCCAAGCUACAGCUUGAUACCUCAUAGGUGCAACUGUGAGACACGGCGGACCGUGUGCUUGCAAAGGCCGUCAGAGAUUUGCAAAGAAGCUUCAGCGGUGUUGGUUAAAACAAUUUAUUUUAUGAAGAACUUACCUGCUUUUAACCAGCUCCCACCAAACGACCAGUUUACACUUCUUCAAAGCUGCUGGGCACCACUUUUUGUCUUGGGCCUGGCCCAGGAAGGUUUGGACUUUGAGGUGAUUGACACCCCUGCUGACAGCAUGCUGAAAAAGAUCCUCCUCAACAGUCAAGAGAGCUCUGAGAUGGAGAGAGAGCAGCCCACCAUGACAGGCGUCAGCAAACUCAAGUCCUGCCUCAAGAAAUUUUGGAGUUUGGAUUUGAGUCCCAAGGAAUACGCGUACCUCAAGGGAACCAUAAUAUUCAAUCCAGAUGUACCAGACUUGAAGGUGGCUCUGUUUGUCGAAGGCUUGCAGCAGGAGGCUCAACACGCUCUGAGAGAAGUUGUCCAGCCCCUCCAUCCGGGGGACCAGGGGCGCUUUGCUCGCAUCUUGCUCACAGCGUCCAUGCUGCAGACCAUCACGCCCGGACUCAUCACUGAACUGUUCUUCCGGCCUGUGAUCGGCCAGGCCGAUCUUCUGGAGCUGCUGGUGGAGAUGCUCUUCUGCAGAUAGAGUAGGAUAAACCUGUCAUUCUCAACAGCUUCAGUGGCAACGGCAGAAGGGAAGAGUCCGGUAUGUAGGGCUUGGAUUUUUCUUGCCCUACUUGGACCAAGUUUUUCUUGUGAACCAAUCAAAGAUGGACUGCAAAAAAAAAAAAGCACCCAUAUUUGGGAGAUAAAAAAAAUACAAAAUUGAUCUGAAUACAUCGUCUUCUGUUGUGAAUUCAUAAUACAUAAGAUGGAAAUGAGGUCACUUUAGCCACAUCUGUAUUCAUUUUAUUUGCCAGUGAAAGAUGGCGAGAUAACUUUCCACACAGUGUAAAACUACAGAUUGUGUUGUUCUGGGGACGCAUUGUGUUGCUUGGAUGUUGUAAAUACGUUUUGUGUGUGAGGUUUUGGAAAAUAUUUCAAAUAAAUAUAUUUUUUUAC